GAAAGAACAAAAAAGAAACUCUCAAUUUCUUUCAAACUGAUUCUUUUUCCUUCCUGUUUUAUCAUCAUUCCCAUUUCUUCACUCCAUGGUUUCUUUCUUUCCUUCCUCAAGGUAAAUGCUAGAACUCUAAAAAAGGCCAAAGUAGCUGAGCUGAAUGGCAACAACUAAAGCAAAAGAAAACAGUGGUUUGGGGAAGGAAAGAAGGAUCACAGCUCCAAGUUCUGUCACAAUUCCUACUCAUACUCCAACCAAAAGAACUCCAAAAUCAUCCCCUAGAGGCCUUAUCUCUUCCACUGAUCCAAAACUUUCUUCUUCUUCUCCUUCUCCUUCUUCCUCUUCUUCUUCCUCUACUCUUUCUCUUUCCGUUCUCCCCGAAAAACACAUUCCGAAUUAUCUCAAGUCGACAGCCAGCUCCCGCCAUGACCAUAACUUUAAGCCAGUAACCAGGAGUAAGUCUGGCCCAGCACCAAUACCUGAGGGCAAACCUAGUUUGAAUAGAAGAAGAUCUUUCGAUAAACCUCCCUCGACCGCACCACGUUUGGGGAAACCGUUUCGAUCGCCUGGACCGAGGAAUAGGGCUGCUCAUGUUCCGGUUCGGUCGUCCUCUUUUGGGGCUAAACCUUCCACCACCACAAUUGUCAAUUCUACAAAGCCUGGUUUUCUGGAUAGAUCAUCAUCUAAAAUCUCUAAGGUGGGAGGGAAACCACAGCAACCAAUUCAUAGUUUGAAAAGUAGUAAUAGUAAUGUAAAGAAAAGCUUGAAAAGAGAAUCUAGCAAUGCUGCUGCUUCUGCUUCUGUUUCUGCUUCUGCUUCUGCUUCUGCUUCAGCUUCAGCAGAAAUCGUUCCCAAGACUAAGAAUGCUGUUGAACAUGUAGAUCACAGUCCAUCUUUCGUUCUCGGUGUUAACGAAGAGGAUUUGAAAAAGAUCGAGUGCGAACUCGAUCCUUAUCUGCCUGAUCCAAUGCCUGAAUUGGACAAACAACUUAGAAUCGAUCAGGUGGAAAAGAAGGCAGUUUUGGAUAAAGAUGAGGCUGACACAGAAACCUUCAAAGUAGUUGUUGCUAAUAAAGAAGUGGAAGAAAUUCCAGAGGCAGCCGAGACUGAAAUUUCAUUAACGAAUCGAGAACGAGACGAAGUGGAAGGAGAAGAGGAGAAACCAGAGAGAAUUGCAGUGGAAAAAGAGGAAGUUGUUGGAUCAGAGGAAAUUAACACAAACAACAAGAAUGAUCAAGAGAAGAGUGAAACAGAUCCUGUUUUAGAUGGGGAGAGUUACAAGGAAGAAAAUGAUCACAAGGCGGCCGAGACAACAGAGAAAGAGGCCGAAGCGACCGAGAAAGCGGCAGCGGCAGUGGUAGCAAAACCGCGACAAGGAGGACCAGGGAGAAAAGAGUCUCCAGCAAUGUACAAUCAUGUAAUAGAGGAGACAGCAAGUAAGCUUUUGGAAAAGAGGAAGAACAAGGUAAGAGCAUUGGCUGGGGCAUUUCAGACAGUCAUUGAUUAUGAAUCUUCAUCUAAAUGAUUCAUAAAUGCCUCCCAUUUUCUCAUUCUUCAUUGAUUAAUUUAACUUACCCAUAAAAACUCAUUAUGGAAAAUUUAACAGUACAAGGUCAUUUAUACACAACAAUGUAGAGUUGAGGUUUUUGUUCUUCCUAAUUUUCCUUCUUGGUGGUGGGGUAUUUUUUUUUUUUUCUUUUUUUCAUUUUUUCUUUUUCACAAGGGAUUGAUCUUUUCUGAAUUUCUUAUCUUAC